AUGACUAUAUUGCAGUUUCUGAAACAUUUCCCCAAGAGGGAGCGAUUAGUAUUGGAAAUCACAACUUCUAAUUGGAGUUUCGAAAGCCAGUGCAGCUUGGCUACAAAACAGUGGGCUUCUUCUGUCAAGGGGACUUUACAAGAACUUACUGUGCUAAAAUUCCAAGUCGUUUCAGCAAACUGCUCUGAAAAACAAGGAGGAGAACUAGCAGGCUACGAAGGCCAGCCAUGUCCACGCCGCUCCGGCCCCGCCGGGAGGGGACCGGGCAGCGCAGCGCUGGGCUGGGGCCGGCGGUCGGGCAGCGGCCGCUACUUCAUGGCCGGGGCGCGGCGGGCGUCCUGCGGCGGCCACACACCAUCUGCCUGCGAUAGCAGCGAGCUGGACGAGGCGAGGUGCCUGGAUCACGAGCGGCAGGCAGAAACCCGUGGGAAGGCGGUACUUUUGUCCGGUCGGCAAGCGGAAGCUUUCCUCCCUCCAGAGCAGCUAUUUCGCCCUGGUGCUGGGGCUAGACGUGCGGGUUCCUUACGGCUCGGGAAUGACAGGGGCUGUGAGGCAUAUCACACAAACCCGCGUCAGUCAUCAUUCAGAACCUGCGCGGCGGCGGGCACGGUCCGGGACGGAAGCCGGCGGCGGCGGGCGGCGGGCGGCUGA